UCAGUCCCCUGGUAGGAGGGGAUCUUAGAGGAGGGGCAAAAGAAGUUAGAUAAGUUAUAAAACAUCUGAACUUCAUCAGAAAGAUGCUAGAGCUCAUCAGCCUGUUCAUCCUGAAUCUCUGAUGAUGGAGACGGUGGAGGAAAGUGAACUCUGCUUCCUACAACUCAACUCCUCCUGCAGGAAGCCAAAUCGUACUCACUCUGACACUGUGCUUAUCUACAUUGUGCUGUCCAUCAUCUCUCUGCUCACUGCGACUCUCAACCUGCUGGUCAUCAUCUCCAUCUCACACUUCAAGCAGCUCCACACCCCCACCAACUUCCUCCUCCUCUCUCUGGCUGUCUCAGAUUUCUUCGUGGGCCUCCUCAUGUUCUUUCAAAUUAUGCUUAUAGAUGGCUGCUGGUUCCUCGGUGACCUCAUGUGUAGUCUGUAUUAUGUUUUAGACUUCAUUAUUACGUCUUCCUCAGUAGGAAACAUGGUUCUCAUAUCUGUUGACCGCUACGUAGCCAUUUGUGAUCCUCUGCAUUAAUCCACCAAAGUCACUGUGAGAAGAGUUAGAAUCUGUGUUUGCCUUUGUUGGGGUUGUUCUGUUCUAUACGACAGUCUCAUAAUGAAGGAUAAUUUGAAACAACCAGGCAGGUAUCAUUCCUGCACCGGAGAGUGUGUUAUUGUUAUUGAUUAUGUUGCUGGAUUUGCAGAUCUGUUUUUGUCCUUUAUAAGUCCAGUCACUGUCAUCAUAGUUUUGUACAUCAGAGUAUUUGUGACGGCUGUGUCUCAGGCUCGUGCUAUGCAGUCUCAUGUUACAGCAGUCACACUUCAGGGUUCGGUGAAAGUAACUGCAAAAAAGUCUGAGCUGAAAGCAGCCAGGACUCUCGGUGUUGUUAUAGUUGUGUUUCUAUUAUGCCUCUGCCCAUACUUUUGUGUCACACUUACAGGCCAGGACACCUUACUCAACGCUUCAUCUGCUGCCUUUGUAAUCUGUUUGUUCUAUUUUAACUCCUGUCUGAACCCUGUGAUUUACGCCUUCUUCUAUCCAUGGUUUCAAAAAUCAGUUAAACUUAUUGUUACACUGGAUAUACUGAAGCCUGGCUCCUGUGAGGCCAAAAUACUGUAAAGCAGGGGUGUCAAACUCAUUUUAUUUCACAGGCUACAUGCGGCCAAAAUUAAUCUCAAGUUGGCCGGACUGGUGAAAACCAUUGCAUAACAACAUCACCAAAUGUUUUCCUUUUUUUAAGUGUAGAAAAGUACUUUCAGAAAACAUUU